AUGUCGCUCUAUCCUGGUCACACCGAUGCGGGCCUCAAUGGAGGCAUGGCGGCGUCGUUUGGCGGCGACGCCAGCAUGCUCAACGGCCUCGACAUGGACAUGAACUUGCCCAUGGACCUCGAUCUCGACCUUUCCGCUGCCGCCGCCGACCACACCUUCAAUGCCAUUACGCCGCAGCACCUCGGGCACGACAACAGCAAUGGCUCCAGCGCGCCGGGCCAAGACCAUGUACUGGGCACCGGCGAUGGGAAUGCCGAUGGCAAUGGCAUGCUCACAUCGCAAGCCCAACAGCAGCAACAGCAAGACGUUCCAAUGACAGGUGCAGGCGCGGGACCUCUGCCAACCGGCUUCGGCAUGCAACCGCAGGGCAGCAGUGGCACCUUGACCGAGUUCACGAAGCGGCGGAAUUGGUCGCAGCGCAUUAUUGAAGAGCUGAAGGACUUCCUGCACAUCCUCACGCCAGACGGUCGGAUACUUUGGGUCUCGCCCUCGUGUAAGGCGAUUACCGGCUACGAUCACCACAGCCUCGUGGGCAAAUUCAUUGGGGAAUACGUGCACCCGGAUGACAGCGGAAUCUUCAUGCGGGAAUUCAACGAGAGCAUUGCAAGUGGGAAUACGUUGCGAUUCUUCUAUCGCUUCAAGAAAGACGAUGGAUCAUACAUGAUAUUCGAAUGCGAUGGGCAUCCGCACAUAUCCCCCGAGCCCGCAGGCGCGGCGCCUUUUGGCACAGCUCCAUCUGGGCAGACUCUUCCUGUGGCAGGCGUAUGCCGGGGCUUCUUUAUGAUGGCGCGGCCUUAUCCAACAAAGAAUGCUGCGCUGUUAGACUCCUUCCUUGAGCACAAGAUUGAAAACGAGCGGUUGAUGAAGCGUAUCGAGGAGUUGAAGCGGGAGGAGAUGGAAGAGAACGCGGAGCAGGACAGGAUUUACAGAGAGCAAGGUGCAUCGCAAGCGGGAGGAACACCCUCAGAAUCUCAGGUGGCCUCAUCAAGAGCGCAGGGAGACAGUAGCGACCAAACUGGGCAAACUCCGAAUUAUCAGGGCAUGCCGCCGCCGGCGAAACCGCCUAUCUCCAACACAGCCCUGACGAGACAGAAUCUGGACAGUGCGCUAUCGUCGCAGAAGCCGGACAGCAUAGCAGAUAAGAUGUCGCGAUACGAAGCGAACAGUACACAUCUCGAAGGAAUAGAGCUCCUCACGGGAUUGAGGUACCGGGACGGAGAGCGAAGUCACGGCAUCAGUACUGGAGAUACUUCCCCUGCGCUUAUUCGAGGAGACGCCGGCAUAGCCAUCCUGCUGGACCGGGAUCGCGAGGGCUCGAAGAAAGAGAAGAAAAAGCUCAAGGUCGCGGAUGAGUACGUUUGCGCUGACUGCGGGACACUCGACUCUCCCGAGUGGAGAAAAGGGCCAAAGGGGCCGAAGACAUUGUGCAACGCCUGUGGACUGCGCUGGGCGAAGAAGGAGAAGAAGCGAUCCGGCGACGACAUUAAGAACAGCAAUAGUCCUGUUAACGGAAUGGCAAGUCAACAGCCACUACCUCCGGCAAUAGGACUUAACCACUCGGGGCAGCCACCUGGCUUGCCCUUAAAGAAUAGUAGCAACGAGAGCUGA